AAUAUUUUGAUCGGUAUGAACGCCUCUGAACCAAGAUCUGUUUACGAAAUGAAUUUAUUUUCUAACAUAAAGCUAUUUGUACCUCAGGAUCUUCGUCAUUUUCGAUUACCUACUACACGACGAAUAAUACGGCUUCUCGGCGUUGUUAACUUAAAUAACAAACACUCGCGAACGAUAAUUUUUCGCAAGUUAGUAUCAUAACAAACGAAAUGAGAUUAAGAGAAGAGGAGUACGAUAAGUUCGAGGAUCGCCUAGCUACGAAUCGAAAAUGACGAAAAAGACGAGCGAGAAAUAACGAAAACAGGACCUGUCAUUUUCAAUCAUUCCUUUGGGAGAUCAAUACAUCUCGCGAAGAAAAAGGGGUCUCGCGGUUCGUCGUAUUCGUUCGACGUUCGAGAUGCUAAUACUCUGGUCGUUAAAGAUUUCGAAACCUUCGACGAUCGAAACAUCGCUAGGAACAAGCUUUUUUUUUUUCUUUUCUUUAAAAUCGUGAACGCUUAGCAUGUGUGCGCGCGCGUACAUGCCGUGCGUGCAUGUGUCCGGUAUGGAUGUGUGCGUGCGUGAAGGCCAUGUUAACAGACUGUAAGUCAACGGAUGACUUCGGAAACGAUUUGAUUCAUCGAUAAUGGAUAACUCGAACAAGGAACGAUACAUCCAUAAUGACGAAGAGAAAAAAAAUGAUCACGUAAACAUUAUUAACAACAAAAUGGCCAAUGAAUCAGAUUUAGAUAUAUUGUACACAAGUCGCUUAGAUUCCACGCAUCAACAAGAAGACAUAGGGAAAAAGAUUCUGUUGUUGAAACAUAUGUUGGAAAAGGAUCUGAAAGCAGCUGAUUUAAAGUGGUCUUUGUUUGUGGCAGCAUGUAACACGUAUCGUUAUGAUUCUUGCUUAAAACCCUUUCCACCAAUGUAUAUAAAAAAUGAGUUCAAGGACAUCGAUUCUUUGAGGCGAGGCAUAGAGCUAAUCCCACCACUGGCUGUACUAUUUAAAGCAUUACAAGAACCAGACGUAUACGAACGUUACGGAACAGCUAUAGAAUUAUUACAUUGGGUUCUAAUACGUCUGAGAGAUCCUUACAUAAAGAGCAUCAACAAGGAUUGUUACGACUCAAUAUUGAGAAGGGCACCUUCAGAUAUAUCUGUAGUUGCACCAAAUUUAAUAUUUCAAGUUGCAAACGCUAAGCAAUCCACUUCGGAAGACAAAUGGAAAAAGAUUGCUCAAGGCCAUACAACCUUUUACGCUUAUCACGGCAGUCGUCUAGAGAAUUUCCAUUCCAUUAUACACUACGGUCUACAACAGAGUAUGUGCAAGAAAUCUUUGUUUGGUAAAGGAAUAUAUCUUUCGAGCGAAUUAAGUGUAAGUUUGCCAUACAGUCCUGUGGGGUAUGGAUGGGGAGGCAGUAUACUUGGAAGCGAAAUGAGCUGCAUAGCUUUGUGCGAACUUAUUAAUCACGUUGAUGUAAAAACUGGGGACUCCGACAAUGACGCUCGCAAUGUAGCCGCAGACUCCGUAGGCGGAAAAGUUCCAAAUAAAUAUUAUGUAGUGACGAAUAGUGAAUUGAUAAGAGUACGAUACCUUCUUGUUUACAGUCAAGAAGUUCAAGCAACAAGGUACACCGAUAAUAGAGGAUUGUUAGCGUGGUUUAAACAACAUAAAUUAUUAACAUUCGUACUCGGUUAUGUGGUAUUACUAGCUUCAGUUGGUAUAACGCAUAACAAGCAAGUGGAAAAAUAUUACAAAUUAUUUGCUCAAAAAGUUGGGCUGGAGUGAAAUGUUUUUUUUUUAUAUUGUUAUAUGAGUUGCUAAUCCAUUAAUUUGUAUAUUACGAAGAAAAUUCCCUCCUUUUUAAAAUACAUUUUUCACUUAAAUCUAACGUAAAAUCGCAUUUAUUAGAAAUAUAUACAAUUUGUAAAUAAUAUACAUAAUUUAUAUAAAAUAUUGUAUUUCCAUAGAAAUUUUAAUAUCUAGUCAAUAUAAUAGGAAAAUUUUCUGUGACUAAAUAGUCAUCCUCAAAGACUAUGAUCAGAUUUACCUCGAACUCUGUAACAAAACAUAAAAAACAUAUAAUUUAUAUGAAAAAAUAAUAAAUCGAAGUAAAACCGAAAUUAAAACGGUGAUCUUACCAACUUUAAAAUUACUCGUACUUAGCGUAGGACAUGUGAAUAACCUUGGGAAUAUCAUAUAUAUUGGUAUAGGCAAAUUUGUACAAGGAUUUCCCUCUCCAAUUUGUAUAUUUUGUAUUUCAGUUGCUAAAAUAAACAUAGAGUCAUAAAACGACAAAUAAAA